CAGUAGACACACACUUCCUGAAUCGCAGCGGUCACAUCACGUUCUCUUUUCCAGAGAUCUUAAAGGAUUUAUUCCUAGCUGAGUUUGAAUGGAAAAUGUGCCCUGCUUUUGAGUCCUCUCCGAUUCAGGUUUAGUAAAUGCAGUUUUGAUUUUUAAAACUCUCGGAGACUAGUAAAGCGGCAGAUGUGGAAUGAGACGAGGCCAUUAGUGCUCUUAUUUAGAGUUGCGUGAUACCUGCGCCGGUGGACUGACCUCUGAUCACCUGUGCUGACCCUCACACCUGUCCGUUAAGCUGCAUAUCAAAGACAUGGACAGUUCAAAUGACAGCAAGAAGGCGGAGCCCAGAGUCAAUAAGAAGAAAUGCUCAUGGGCAUCAUACAUGACCAACUCGCCCACCGUGAUCGUAUUGAUCGGCCUUCCCGCCAGAGGAAAGACUUACAUAUCUAAGAAGCUGACGCGCUACCUCAACUGGAUCGGGGUUCCCACGAAAGUGUUUAACCUGGGCGUUUACAGACGCGAGGCGGUACAGUCCUACAAGUCCUUCGACUUCUUCCGUCAUGAUAAUGAAGAGGCCAUGAAAAUCAGGAAACAGUGUGCCAUCGUGGCUCUAGAGGAUGUGAAGGGUUACCUGAACGAGGAGGGAGGGCAGAUCGCUGUUUUUGAUGCCACGAACACAACGAGAGAGAGACGAAACCUCAUCCUGGGUUUUGCGCAGGAGAACGCGUAUAAGGUGUUUUUUGUCGAGUCACUCUGUGACGACCCAGAAGUCAUUGCUGCCAACAUACUGGUGAGUGUUAAAAUAUUCAUAUUCUGCAAUUAA